UUGGUCCCUUUUCUUGAUUUCUCUGAAGCUGUCUUAACUAAUUAAAUAUCUAGUCAUGAAUGAAUCAAGAAGAAUCAGAUUCAGCUUCUUCUUCUUCUUCAUCAUCAUCUUCCUGAUCUCUGGAGGUCUUUUACCGGUAGCUGCAGAAGAACCAGAAAAUGAUGGUAUGGCCAAGAAAGAAGAGAAUCCAUCACUUGUGAAGAUCAUAUAUGGGAUCUUUGGCAAGAAAUUUCCUCCGAGUUCUUGGGAAUUGAUUCGAGGAGCAAUGCAGAAGAUCCAAAUGACGCUUUACCCUCCAAAUCUAGAUUUCAGAAGCAACAGUGAGAAAGAAGGAGAGGAUAAAGGAGAGAGAGUGAAAGAGGCGGCGACAAGGAGCCUUGAAGUAAGCAAAGAAGCAAUUGAAGAAUCAGCAAAACUAGCAGGAGGCGUUGUAGGAGAAGUAGUUCACAAAACAGCUGAGAAAGUUACCAAACAAAACUCACACGAUGAAAUGUAAAUGUAAAAUCCACCAAAGAUUUGCUUAUAAUGUUUGUUAUUCAACUUACAAAAAUAUUUCAGAUUCAAAAGGAACCAA